AAAGAGUCUCCUGGGUCAGAGUUCUAAGCUGCGAGAUCCGUGGCUGUUGCUUGGUCAGGGCUGGCGGGUGAGGUCCGGGACAAGGUGCCGAAGAUGUCGGAGGCCAACAGUACCAAGUCUGAGAAUGAGUCUUGGCGAGGUCGCUAUUACAAGCUCGAGGAGAUCCAGGAGCACAAGACUAGCCAGUCGACUUGGAUCAUCCUGCACCGCCGCGUGUAUGACCUCACCAAGUUCUUUGAGGAGCACCCCGGUGGUGAAGAAGUUCUAAGGGAACAAGCAGGUGGAGAUGCUACGGAAAACUUUGAAGACGUCGGCCAUUCCACAGAUGCAAGAGCAUUGUCAGAUACAUUUAUUAUAGGGGAACUUCAUCCAGAUGACUGGGAGAAAGUUCAGAAACCAACAGAUACUUAUAUUUCCACGGUUGAUUCUAAUACCAGUUCGUGGACCACCUGGCUGAUUGCAGCACUAGCAGCAGUUAUUGCAGUCUUUCUGUACCGUUUCUACAUGUCUGAAUAAGCACCAUAUUGAGAAGUGAUAAUGGAAGACUCUGUUUUGGUAAAGAGAACGAAGAAUGUGAAUUACUGUUCUUCAUGUCAGGACAAUAUUUGAAACCAUC